AUGUUCCCUCAAAACACGACAUUCAAUGACAUUCGAGCGGAAUUGGAAGCUGGAACGGCAGUAACGAGUUCCAUACGUAGUGGUAGCAACUACUCCGUGCGAAAUCUGCCUCCCGACCCGUCUUUGGAUGCAUUAAGUCCGAAGUCGACGUCGCCAUCGUUGAUUGGAUUACUUUCAUUCCUCAAUGAGCGCCCUCGCUCACCUCUAUCUACAGUUGAAGAAAUAUCAAGCACUGAAGAGCGGCACGGCCUCAACCCAAGCUCUAAAUAUGUCAGUAACUUGUCUGAGAUAACGAUACCGGGUUCGUCAUCUAGUCGACGAGAACAACAUCAACUUACGAUACCAUGCCAAGGGCUUGUUACAUCAUUUGAUUCUACAUCGAGCAGCACCCGACUAGGUGAGAUUCCACAACACAACCCAGAAACUGGCACAGGCUCCAUCUCUAGUAACUCGCACCCCGAGUCUCCUGUAGAAGUCUCCAUUUCUUCCGUUGAGUCUGUUAAUCACUAUGUCGCAAACCAGAUGUACCCAGCUUCUUCAUCAUCAUCAUCUAUGCCGAUAGACUACACGAUAGUGCUGCGUACAAUUAAAAGUGCUGCUGACAACGGAUCAUUGAAAUAUCCUCACCUUCUCAUUGCGCCCUCCGGGCAGGCCAUUGCUAUUCGAAUUCUCGGCACAGAUCAUGAUCUCUUUUCCGCUGGACUAAGUCUAAGCCGCGGAAAUGGUCAGAGUCUCUAUGAGGGCGUGUACGAUCCAUCUCAACGAAGGAUUCCGGGAAUGUUUCGCGCCAAGUUGCACGGGCGAUUUGGCUUUCAAUGGCCUGAGCGUGGCAAAGUCACUCCAAUUUCAAUGUGGAACAUGCCUGUACAUCAACAAGUUGAAACUCAAGAUCUUGGAGCCGUGAGGGGCAUUGUGCAUAUCGUCAACAGCAUGGAUUUUUAUAUGGACUGUCGGACGGUUCCGCAAAACGAUCUGGCGCUAGAAGGCAUGCGAUGGCUUGCAAUUCAUAGACCUGGUUGUAAACAUUACAUGAAUAAGGGCAUCUGA